AUGCUCACACCGAACGCCAGCGUGUGUCAGAUGGAGACUGUAAGCGCCCACGUGGGCGCGCUCGUCGAGGAGGACGAGGACGUCCUCGAGUACAUCCUCUCCAUGGCCCUCUCCGACCGCCACGCCGCCGCCGAACCCAUCACUGACCUGCUCCUGGCCUCGGCCGACGACGGCGACCAGGACGACGUCCCGGCCCGAGUCGCCGCCAUGCUCACCGACCUCGCCCGUGCCGAGGGCUGGUCCGACACCGAUGCCAACGCCGACGCCGACGCCGCUGCUGCUGCCCCGCUCCCGCCCACCACCGAGGUUCUCGCCACAGCCGUCGUCCUCGGCAAGAUCAACAGCAGGAACGACGCCGACGACUCUGACCACGGCCGCAACCGCGACGAGGGCAAUGGCCGCGGCAGCAGCCGCAAGGGCCGACAGUCGGCCGGACGAGCCGGCAAGCGCCGGACCAAGCUCAGCAAGCGCCAGAAGCGGCUGAUGAAGAAGCGGGCGCAGCGGAGUGCUGCCAUGCAGCAGAGCGAUGCCGCCAUGGAGCCCGGAGCGCGGGCUGAUGACGGCUCGCUGCUGGACACCUUUGACGAGACCAUCGAGAACCGCGAGGCCGUGGCGCAGGUCUCACGUUUCCACUGGGAAACACACCGGUGCGAAGAGAUCGAGGUCGAGUUGCGCGACGUCAAUAUCCGGGCCGGCGAUCGCGACCUGCUCGUCAACGCGCCGUUGCGGCUUACUCCGGGGCGAAAGUAUGGGCUCGUCGGGCGCAACGGCGUCGGCAAGUCGACGCUGCUGCGGCACAUUGCCAACGGAACUCUAAUCGGCUUUCCGGUCAACGUCCGCGCGCUGUAUGUCGAGCAGGAAAUUGUGGGCUCGGCGGAUGAGACGCCGCUGGAGAGCGUGCUCGCGGCCGACACGGCGCGGCUGGCGCUUCUCGCCGAGGAGGUGCGGCUGGAGGCGGCCGUCGCCGAUCCCGAGGUGCGGAGCCACGUGGUGGCGCUCGCCGUCCUCGCCGACCGGGCCAAGGCUGUCGAGCGCGAGGCGCGCCUGGUGGCAUCGAAGCGGUCGGGCGCACGCGGCAAGGUGGCGCGGCGCCGGCUGCUCGACGCCGAGGCUGCGUACGCAGCUGCGUACGAGCUCGCAGUCGCUGCUGCUGCCGCCCCGGAGUCGGUGCCGGCCGACGACGUGCUCGCCGAGGAGCUUCUUGGCCAGGUCGUCGAGCGGCUGAUCGAGAUCGAGGCUGACACCGCGGAAGGACGUGCAACUAAGAUCCUGCGCGGGCUCAACUUUAGCGACACCGCUAUGAACGCGCCAACCGCCGAACUGUCCGGCGGGUGGCGGAUGCGGGUGGCGCUCGCGCGCGCACUGUUCAUGAAGCCCGACUUGCUCAUGCUCGACGAGCCGACCAACCAUCUCGACCUGCGGGCCAUUCUCUGGCUUCAGGCUUUCCUCUCGAGGUACGAGGGCAUGCUAGUGGUCGUAUCGCACGACCAGGCUUUCCUCGACGCGGUCGCCACCGACAUUAUUGUCUUUCGCAAGCUCACACUCACCUACUAUCCGGGCAACUUUUCGGCGUACGUGGCGAUCAAGGCUGACCUCGACGCCAAGGCUGCAACGCUGGCGGCCAACGACGCCAAGAAGCGAGCGGCCAUUGCCAAGUCGAUCGAGUACAACAAGACCCAGGCGCGCAAGAAGGGUGAUGACAAGCGGCUGAAACAGGUCACCUCGCGGCAGCGCAAGCUCGACCGCAUGGGCCUCGAGAAGCUCGAGUCCGGCAAGCGGUACAAAAAGUCGUACCACGGCUUCCGCGAGAAGGCCACUGUCGACACGCCCGAUCCGCCGAUCAGCUUCAUUUUCCCGUCGCCUUCGGCCGUCUCGACGCUCGGCGAUCUCAUCCAGGUCGACGACGUGACUGUCGGCUACGACCGCGACGUCGGCCCAGUUGUCCGCAAGGCGUCACUCGCUGUCGAGCGCGGCUCGCGCAUCGUCCUCCUCGGAGCCAACGGCUCGGGCAAGUCGACGCUCAUCAAGGUCAUUGUUGGCGAGCUUUCACCGUGGUCUGGCACCGUCAAUGUCGCUCGCGGCGUCAAGAUCGGCCACUACGCCCAGCACCACGCCGACGCGCUCGCGCUCGACCUAACCGCUGUUGAGUGGCUCCAUACCCAGUUCCCGGGCGGCUCGAUCCAGGACUACCGCAACUUUCUGGGCCGGUUCAACCUGACUGGCAACAAGGCGUUGCAGCCGAUGGAGACGCUGUCGGGUGGUGAGAAGGCGCGGGUGGUCUUCGCCACCAUGAUGUACGAGUGUCCGCACGUGCUGGUCAUUGACGAGCCGUCAAACCAUCUCGACCACGAUACGCUGGAGGCGCUCAUCGAGGCGCUCGAAGGCUACGAGGGUGCCGUCGUCCUCGUCUCGCACGACCAGCACCUGCUCUCGCGAUUCGGUGGUGUCGUUUACACCGUUCGCGAUGGGGCUGUGGAGCUGUUUGACGGGGGCGUCGCUGAGUACAUCGAAACGCUGUAG